AUGACAGACGAUGGGAUCUACGAAGCCAAUCGCAUCGCUGCCGCCAAGGCGAAACGCGAAGCCCGCAAAUCCCAACUUCGCCCAGUACGCAACGCCGCCGCACAACCGCUUCCAACGUGUCCUCGAUGUCAACGGACAUUCUGGGCUCGAAUCUGACUUGUUGGACACCUUCGGAUCAACUGCACCUCUCGAACUGCUCCAGCCAUCGUCCCCCCGCCCGCCUCUUCUUCCCCUCCGCCGCCAACUAACUCUGACAAUUCUUCUGAACCACCAUUCCCACCCUCCUCCUCCUCCUUCUCCGCCUCCUCCUUCUCCUCCUCCUCCUCCUCCUCCUCCUCCUCCACUGCUUCCACGACGGCCGCUCAGGCGACUGUCCCGCGCGCAACAACCGACACCAUCACCACCUUCCCCGCCUCCAGCAAUGAGAAUCAGGACUACACCUGCCCUCACUGCGACCGCACCUUCACCCCACGCAUCGGCCUGGUCGGUCACUUGCGAAUCCAUCGCACAGAGCCUGGCCAACCAGUGCCUAGAGCACCAACCUAUAGCCAUCAAGUUCGUCUCAACUGCCCACACUGCCCUCGCACUUUCAGACACCGCAUGGGCCUUUUCGGCCACAUGCGCAUCCACGACGACCUGCGGUAG